UUUCCUGCAGCAUAUAUAAGGAGCGACAGGAAGGGUAGAGGGAGUGCUCGAGACGUCAGCAUGCAGCCAACACGAGUGCUUGCGUGUCUCUUGGUCCUCGUGGGGGCAACUGUGAGCUACAGCUCAGCGCAAGAGGCCAAUGGUGCAUGCAGACUCACGAACGGCGGGGGCGGUGAGUGUCGAGACCUGAGAUCAUGCCCAGCUGUGUUGCGGACCAUGCACAGAGAGCGGCCGGUGAUUUGCAGUAUCCGUGGUCGUGUGGCUGUCGUUUGCUGCCCGACAGGUGGAGGACCAGGACCUGUGCAGGGCAUAUCUCCACCAGCAGUUAACUUCGAGUGCGGGAUCCAGUCAAAGAGGACGGUCUCCGGAGGGUUGCUUCGGUUUCGGCGCCAGCUCAGUGCCAGCCAACGGCUUCCCAAAACAGAACCUACCGCUGGUGGUCUUGUUGUUGGCGGGCAUGACGCAGAACUCAGUGCUUGGCCUUGGAUGGCUCUUCUGGGAGACAGGGACGCGGCGGGAUCCAUCGAUUGGUUUUGCGCGGGAAUGCUCAUCAACGAACAAUGGAUCCUGACAGCCGCCCACUGCUUCGAACGGCGAGCGAAUGUAAUACGUCUUGGAGAACACGACUAUUCGAACCCGAACGACGGCGCCAACCCCGAGGACUUGGGUGUUGCUACAACCAUCGCCCACCCACAAUACAGAAAACCUCAGCUUUAUCAUGACAUCGGCCUUAUCAGGCUUAACAAGAGAGUGACGAUACAGCCUUACAUCCGGCCUGUGUGUCUGCCAUGGGGCGCAGAGAGUAACGUGGACCUUGUGGGGAAAACAGUGACCGUGACUGGAUGGGGACUCACGCAACCAGGUGGAAGAUUUAGCCCCCUGUUGCAAGAGGUAGACGUGACCGUGUUCCCGACCGCGCAGUGUGACCAGGACUAUAAGAAACACAAGUCGUACAAUCUCCUGUGGCCCCAAGGGAUAGGAGCAGGAAUCAUGUGCGCAGGAGACCGCGACGGAGGCAAGGAUGCAUGCAAGGGUGACUCCGGCGGCCCCGCGGUGUACUCCGACGGCCGAGGGCGGUUCACGCUGGCGGGGAUCAUCUCGUCGGGCGAAGGCUGCGGCAAUCAGGAAUUUCCGGGACUCUACACCAACGUCAGGCAGUCGCAGUAUCUCGCGUGGAUUAAGCAAGUGGCCUUCUGAUCACACACGGGUUCAUGGCUUUUAAAGUCAAGGCGACAUAGACGACUAUAUAUAUAUAUAUAUAUAUAUAUAUAUAUAUAUAUCCUUUUUUUUCUUCUAAUACUAAUGUUUGUGUUUUUGUUUUGUUUUGAUUUAGGUUUCUUAGAAUGAAAUGAUUAAAACUAUGCACUUUUA